GGGUUGCUUUGCUUUUUUCCUUGGAGCAAUAGACGCUGUGGGAGGGGACAUAGACAUGGAGGGGAAGCUGACUGAGGAAGGAAUUCCUCUCUUUCUUUGCCUGUGGAUCCUUAGAUGAUUAGAUUAGAGCAUUAGUCAUGUUUCUCUUACUACCCAGCUAGAUGAACAAAGUCUGUCCCAUUAGGCUUUUGGUGCAGUAGCCAAGGCAGCCAAAGUUUGUGAUCACCAAGUUCACUGCCCCGAGUUCCCCAAACUGAGGCAGAUGCUAGCCCCGAAAUGGGCAUAUUUUUGUCUGGCAGUCAAGCAGAUUGGGGACAGCUGUGCCCCCCUAUUCUCCUGCACGGGCCACCUUGGCGUGGGGAGGGUGGAUGGGUCCUGUGUAGUGAGUGUCCGGAGAGGUGAAGGUGGCUCCCUCUUACUGCCAGGAUCAAAUUCAAACUCUCUGUUGGGCAUUUCAGGCCCUUCCUGGCCUGGUCCUUCAUCAUAUACUUUCCUCCCCUCCAUAUACGGUAGAAUCCAGCUACACUGGUUUUGCUGUUGCGUGUGUGUGCCCCUCCUUCCCCCUUCUCUGUGCCUGCUCCCAGGCUGCCACCUGUUCCCUAGAUGCUCUCCUUCCUCUCCUCUGUCUCAGCCCUUUCAAGACUCCGCUCAAAUCCUGCUUUCUGCAGGAGGCAUUUUCUGGUCCCUCAGAGGUUGCAUUCUAUUUACAUUGAUCAUAUCUGUACCUGGUUAUUUCCGUGUUGGCUCUCCGGAUUAGACUCCUGGUAAGCUCUUUGAGGGCAGGGACUGUUUUUGCCAUCCUUGGACAGUACCUGGCACGUGGUGGGUGUUUAGGAAACAUGUGAUGACUUACUGACCAAUUAUCUGGUUUUUCUCUCUUAUUGACUGUUGGGUCUGUGGCUGUCUGAGCUGGUUAGCUGUGUGUGUUCUCAGGGUUCCGGGGCAGGGAGCCCGCAGUCUCUCAUUUCUUUAUUGUCGCUUUGGGGUGACCCUGCCUGGGAUGGGCUCAGGAGCCUGUGGUUCUUCCAGGCCACAGCCCUGGGCAGCUGUGUGUGGGCUAGCACCCCAGGGAGGGCUUGGGGACCUCAGGGAGCCUCCUGCUGGUGGUGGGGGGAGAGUAACAGCGUGUCUUUUGUCCCCUCCUCCCUCCAGACUUCUGGGUGUUCAAUGAUAGCAGCAUUUGGCCGUCCUGGGACAGUAAGGCUCUCUCCAGACUCGCUGUGGAAGGCGAGGAUAGCGCUGGGCUCUCCUCCUCCUCCUCUUCCUCUUUCUCCUCCUCUUCGUCCCGGAGCUCGGCUCCAUCUCCGGCAAGACGCUGGCGACUCACGGCUUCGGGGUGGCCAUGGCGGCCAUGGCAGCCAUCCCUCCGCAGAGGUACCACUACUUCUUAGUGCUGGACUUCGAGGCUACCUGUGACAAGCCGCAGAUCCAUCCUCAGGAAAUCAUCGAGUUCCCCAUUCUGAAGCUAAAUGGUCAGACGAUGGAAAUUGAGUCCACGUUUCACAUGUAUGUGCAGCCGGCUGUCCACCCUCAGCUGACACCCUUCUGUACAGAGCUGACCGGGAUCAUCCAAGGCAUGGUGGAUGGCCAGCCAAGUCUCCAGCAAGUGCUUGAGAGGGUCGAUGAGUGGAUGGCGAAAGAAGGCCUUCUAGACCCGAGUGUCAAGUCCAUCUUUGUCACUUGUGGAGACUGGGACUUGAAAGUGAUGCUGCCUGGGCAGUGCCAGUACCUGGGGUUGCCAGUGGCUGAUUACUUCAAGCAGUGGAUUAACCUGAAAAAGGCCUACAGCUUUGCCAUGGGCAGCUGGCCCAAGAAUGGACUGCUAGAUAUGAACAAAGGCCUCAACCUUCAGCACAUAGGACGGCCUCACAGCGGCAUCGAUGACUGCAAGAACAUUGCCAACAUCAUGAAAACGCUGGCACACCGAGGCUUCAUCUUCAAGCAGACGUCCAAGCCCUUUUGAUCGGCCGACCAAGGGGGAGUCAGCUCUGGCCACAGACCCCCCCAGCCAGCCCCCUGCCUGCCCCUCGCCCCCAGCCCCCUGCCCAGGGCAUCUGGAGGCAAGGAGAGCAAACCCCCUUCCCAUCACCCCUAGUCUGGUCUCACUACCCACCCACCUGCCUGCCCACCCAUCGGCCUCCAUUCUGAGGGGGCCCCGGGGCCGGACAGCUGGAGGGGAGGGGGCUCCUGAGCCCAUGGAGCAGGGCCAGUCACCCCAGGGAAGGCAGGGCAUGGGGCAGCUGGGCAGGCAGGCCAGUCAGCCUUGGGCUCCCUCCUGGGGGUGGGUGUGUCUCUCCUCCACCCUGGGCCAGCUCAGUCCCAGUAUUAGGCCCUUCCCUGGAGCUCCCAGGGAGGUUGGGUCAGACCUCACACUCCCCCCCUCCUCUGGCACAGGGCGCUCCAUUGAAGGGGUGGGGGCCCAAGCUCCCAGUGACCUCCACCCUCCCCAUAGUGCAUGGCGUGUGGUUGUCCCUUCCCUGGACUCCAGGACAGAGUAGCCCCUCUCCCUCCCCCUGCCCCCCCAUCACUGUGUCUGUCAACCCCACCCGCUGUGAAUGUGCCACAGAGAAUAAAAGUCUGGGGGAAUGAGGCAAGGA